AUGUCACGUAACGGUGCAACCAAGGGGGAUGAUAUGAUAACGCUUGGGUUGAUCUACAUCUCUCGAUUUCGAAGUGGCGCUCUCUCCAUUAUUUUCCGGGACACUCUCAUGAGGUAUCCUCGGACGCCAAAUCGUCCACCGCCUCAGCGACAACCCCAAACGGUGGAGACUCGUCCACGCCGUCUCGCGCAGCAAAAGGAAGACUUCCGCGGCAGCGUGCAGCACGCCUCCAUCGACCUCCUCGGGUCGUCCGACGACAUCGCCGAUGGCCUCCGAGGCGUCGAGGCCGAGUAUCUCUUCUUCGCGGCCUAUAUGGAGCGUGAGUCCGAACAGGAGAGCUGGGACGUCAAUGGGGACAUGCUGCAAAACUUCCUCGACGCGCUCGAGAAAGUGGGCGUCGCGCGCUCGCUCAAGCGCGUGGUCCUCGUCACGGGCGCGAAGCAGUACGGCGUACAUUUAGGGGCGCCGAAGAACCCCAUGGACGAGUCGGAUCCUUGGUUGACGGACGACAGGUUCCCUCCCAACUUUUACUACCGGCAGCAGGACAUCUUGAAGAAAUUCGGCGAGAAGAACGGCGUUCCCUGGACGGUGACGUACCCAAACGACGAGCUAGGCCAAGACCUCGUCUUCCCCGGCUCCGAAGAGUUCUACACCAAGUUCGACUGCUUCACCUCCGCCGAUCUCCACGCCGAGUUCGUCGACUGGGCGAUUGACCAAGACCAGACGGGCAACCAAGCCUUCAACGUCGUCAACGGCGACAUCCAAAGCUGGCAGAGCCUCUGGCCCUUGCUGGCUCGUCGAUUCGGCGUCAAGGUCAAGGAGGACCAGUUUGACGGACCCGCUGAGCUCAGGAGCGAGUCUACUCUCUGGGACACGCCGCCGCUCAGCGUUUUUGAAAAGGAGGCGGGCUUGAAGGGGAGGGUUCGACCGGGAAAGUUGCAGCAAAAUAUCGACAUUGUCAAGUGGAGUGAGCGAGAGGAUGUGCGACAGGCGUGGGCCCGCCUCGCUGAACGGCACGGUCUGCAGCAGGAUGCGUUGGAAAAGGCGACCUGGUCGUUUUUGGCGCUGGUUCUAGGAAGGAACUUUGACCUCGUGAUCAACACGACCAAGGCCCGCAAGGCGGGCUGGACUGGGUGA